AUGACGGAGGCUGGGCAAAGCCUACGGGACCCCAGUCGCCUGAUGAGAAGAGGGGGUACUCGUCAUCCGACCAGAUUUAUUAGUCAACAGAUCAUCCAUGUUGACCCUGCUUCCAACAAAUCCAAUCCAGUAAAUUAUUGCAAACAGUUUUUACGUUUUGGAACAUGGAACGUUCUAUCUCUUGUCAGCUCAUCUACACAGCUCUACCAACUUAGUAAAAACAUUGAUCAGUACAGAUUGGAUCUUUUGGGGAUCACCGAGACUCACAUGCCUGGAUCUGGCACCACUCUACUGGACAAUGGCAGUCUACUCAUCCAUUCCGGUAGAGUCGACGGGAUCAAGAGACAGGGAGUCGGUCUCAGUCUUUCAAAACGAAUCAGAAACUCCCUGAUAUCGUUCACUCCCACAUCGGAGCGGGUUUUAACUGCUAGGCUGCAUAGUAAGCAAAUCAACAUCUCUGUUGUUGUGGCCUAUGCUCCAACUGAGGGUGCAGAGGAGAGUGAGAAAGAUAAGUUUUAUAGGACACUCACAGAUACAUUUGAUGGGCUACCUCGUCACGAUAUCAAGUUACUGCUCGGCGAUUUUAAUGCAAAAGUAACAUCAGGCAGAUAUGGAAGUGAAGCGGUCAUCGGUGGGGAAUCACUCCAUAGCUCAUCAAAUGACAACGGGACAAGACUUGUGGAUUUCUGUGCGACGAACCAGCUUGUCAUCGGGGGAACUCUCUUCGAGCACAAGAACAUUCACAAGGGAACAUGGCGGUCCCCCAACGGGCUCACCGUCAAUCAGAUAGAUCAUAUCUGCAUUGGAAAGCGGUUUCGUCAGUCACUUUUUGAUGUUAGGGUAUGUCGCGGGGCAGACAUCGGCUCCGAUCAUUAUCUGGUUCUAGGACUGCUGAAAAUCAAACUUCAGUCAGUGACAAAGAUCAACGCCAACAGGCCCAAUGUGCCUGCCAUUGAGCGCCUGAGGGAUAGUACUACGGUUUUAGAGUACAAUGUGGCUCUUCAAAACCGAUUUGCAAGUCUGGAUAGUGAGGUCGACCUCGAGGAUAUGUGGCGUAAUCUCAGUCAGACCGUCACUGAUGUCUCACUGGAGGUACUAGGCAAAAGACCCCGGAAGGCAAAGGAGCAACACCUGUCACCGAAGACCAAGGAUUUAUUGACUCAGCGGGCACAGUUUAAGCGCAAAGACCCAAACUCGGACACUAACAGGUCAGAGUAUUCUAAACUUAAUAAGUUAGUCAAGAAAAGCAGCAAGCUAGACGACAAUAACUGGGCAGUUAGAGUAGCUACUGAUCUUGAGGAAGCAGCGAGCAAAGGUCAGCAGCGUGAGGUAUGGGCAAAGAUCAAGAAGAUCUCUGGUAAGAACAAGAAGCCUCAAGCAUCUUGUGUCCGGGACAAGGACGGUAGGAAGAUCACGGAUCCCCAACAGCAGAGGGAUAGGUGGAAGGAGCACUUUACUGAACUUCUGAACCCCCCAUCAUCAAGUGUCAACCUUGCCGACCUUGAUACAAGACGAGAUUAG